ACGUUUGGAGACUCCUGGUCCUACUCUAUUUUACCAGGCAGUUGCUCUGUUCAGGUUCGGGGUGUAGAUUUCAGCCUAUUUUUGUGGUCUGUCAUUCCAACAGCAGUUUCGUCUUCAGAGCCCUGGCACUGCCCUCCUCGUCUGCUUUAUUCUUCUGGCUCUCCUGGGACUGCUGCUCCUUUCCCAUGGGUGCCGCCUGCAGGAGUGAAAGGUACCUCCCUGGGUCGCCUGGUGUCACUGGGCUACCUUUUGCUGUGUCAGGACAGAACAUGAUCAUUCUGGGUCUCUUUGUGCUACGAGAGGAAGGGCACAUUUCAGGCUCCUCUGACACUACCUGUGCAGACUGUCCACUCGAACCCCAGUUGCACAGCACAGGUUAAUGCACCUGCAGCAGCUUUAAAAUCGGCCCUGAAAGCAGACUGUGGGGUGGAGGUGGCAGCUACCCUCUAGGUCUCUGUUGGGCGUCCCCUUUCCCAGGGCUUUGGCCAGAGAGAGGAGACUUUUCUUGGAGAAUUUCUGUCUGUGCCUGUUAGCUGUUCUGGGCCACAGGCUUCCCUGGGGACUAGUGCAGGAACAUAUGAGAGAAAAAGGAAACCCAGGGGACCCACCACCUUCCUGUUCCUCCAGUCCAGAGGUCUCCAGCCUCUCUGUCAACUCUCAAGCUCCUUUCCUCGUCACCUGCUAUGUGCAGGGUAUUUUGUUGUAUUUCAAUGGGAGGAGCAAGGAAAAGUGAAGUCCCACCACCGCAAUUCAAGCGCUUAUUAUUUCUCAUCUUCCCCACUGCCACAGCCUUCCGAGGGCUCCCGAACAACCCAUUCAACAGAAGCCAAAGAGGUCCUUGAAAAAUGCAGACUCGAUCUUGCCAAUCUCCCACCUUGAAAUCCUUAGUCCCCCAUGUUUUAGGACAGAGGCCCCAUGGCCUGGCCCCACCCAUCUGCUCACUCCCUGCCUGCUCCCGUGACCAGGGUCAGCCUCCCUCCCUGUUUGCUACCUGGGGCUGCCAUAACAAAGCACCCUAGGCUGGGCAGCUGAAUGAAAUAAACCGAUUUCUCAAGAUCAGGGUCAGGGCUGGCUCCUCCUGAGGUCUGUCUUCAUGCUCAUACUGCAUUCUCCCUGUAUGCACAUCUGUCUCCAAAAUUUCUCCUUUUAUGAGGACAGCAGUCAUAUUGAAUGAGUGCCCAACCUGAUGACUUCAUCUCACCUCGAUCACGUCUACAAAGACCUUGUCUCCAAACAGGGUCACACCCUGAAGUAUGGGGGUUAGGACUUCAGCAUAUGAAUUUUGGGGAGACACCAUUCAGCCCUAACACUCCCAUGAGGACUUUGCCCAUGCUGUUUCCUCUGUCUCCAACACUCCCUGUCUCCCACCUCAGCCCUUUCACCUGGCUAUGUGAUGUGGUUUGGCUGUGUCCCCACCCAAAUCUCAUCUCGAAUUGUAGCCCCCACAAUUCCCACGUGUUGUGGGAAGGACCCAGUGGGAGGUAACUGAAUAAUGGGGGCAGGUCUUUCCUGUGCUGUUCUCAUGAUAGUGAAUAAGUCUCAUGAGAUCUGACGAUUUUAUACGGGGGAGUUUCCCUACACAGGCUCUCUCAUUCUCUCUUUGCCUGCUGCCAUCAUGUAAGAUGUGACUUGCUCCUUCCUGCCUUCGGCCAUCAUUGUGAGGCCUCCCCAGCCAUGUGGAACUGUGAGUCCACUAAACCUUUUCCUGUAUAAAUUACCCAGUCUCGGCUAUGUGUUUAUUAGCAGCGUGAAAACGGACUAAUACACUGUGUUUACUUACUCUUCAUAUUUCACCUCUGCUACCACUUGUUCAGGAAAGCCUUACAAGUCUAGUUCAACAUUCCUUGACACUCAUUCUUUCAGGACCACUGUGGUUAAACAUAUUAAUUUAUCUUUCCAUUAAGGGCUAUCUCAUCCUGCAAGACCCUAAGAUCUGGGAGAGCAGGGACCGUGGCCAGUUUCUACAUCAUUGUCAUCCUGUCCCACGUGUUGCAGAUAGUGCCUGGUCAAACAAAUGCCUGUUGCAGGAACCAAUGAAUGAAGAUUACUGAAUAUGCUACAUAACGACAUUUAAGAGGUACAAAUGGGCCGGGCGCAGCGGCUCACGCCUGUAAUCCCAGCACUUUGGGAGGCCGAGGCAGGCAGAUCACGAGGUCAGGAGAUUGAGACCAUCCUGGCUAACACGGUGAAAUCCCGUCUCUACUAAAAAUACAAAAAAUUAGCCGGGCAUGGUGGCAGGCGCCUGUAGUCCCAGCUCCCAGCUACUUGGGAGGCUGAGGCAGGAGAAUGGAGCGAACCUGGGAGGCAGAGCCUGCAGUGAGCAGAGAUCAUGCCACUGCACUCCAGCUUGGGCAACACAGCAAGACUCCAUCUCAAAAAAAAAAAAAAAAAAAAAGAGGUACUGAUGAACACCACCAUUUUGCAACACGAAGAUCAACAACAAAAAAGAAGGUCAAACUUGAAGUUGUCCUAAAAUUACACACAUUCUGCCUUUAGAAAACUCAGUGCAUGGUCACAGAUGAGAAGUGCCUGGCUAACCAGACUUGGGGACUCCUGGUUUGCAGCGAGUGCUGUCAAAUUCGCGUUUCAGGCUGGGCUCACAGCAACUCCGCCUCCAAGCUGUUUAGGCGCCUCCGUCUCCACUCAAGUCCAUAGUCAAGAUCACUACUGUGAAACACUGUCUUGCUUUUAAUUUUCAAGCUGCCUUGUUAUUUCUUGGGAGUGGGCCAAGCUAACUUUAGGAGGAACUUAGUUUGUAGUUUAACUUUGAAACAAAGAUGAUAACAGCUCUUUCCUAAAGCCAACCUCCUUCUUGCCUGGGGACCAGAAUGCCUUUGUAAGACUAACACAUGAGCCACAAGAUUAGAAAUUGUGGUUUGAGUCAUGCAGCUAGAGGCCACAAGAUUCCAAACCUCCCCAAUUGCUCCUUAGGAUAACAUCACUAUCGUAAACUCUAAGAUUGGUACUCGAGAUAUUUUUCAGACUCUGCAUUCUGAUGCACCAGCUGCCACCACCCACACCACUAAUCUGGCUCAACCAGUUCUGUGAUCCCACCCAGGAACAGAAGACAGCAAGAGAAUCAACUUUGACUCUCCAUGGUUUCAUCUCCAACCCGACCAAUCAGCACUGCCCUCUCCCUGGCCCCCUACCUGCCUGAUUAUCCUUAAAUGACCCGUCUCAAGAUUUUCAGAACCUGUUUUGAGUAAUAAAGCUCCAGUGUCCUUUAGCCAGUUUCUGCAUGCAUUAAACUCUCUAUUGCAAUUCCCCGUCUUGAUAAAUUGGCUCUACCUGGGCAGCGAGUAAGGCGAACCUAUUGGGCGGCUACGCCUGAGAUCUAAUCACAGGCUGCACAUGAAGCCCAGACCAGGCACCUGUCUGACACCACAGGGGGGAUCCAGUCCACAGAACCAGCGCCCUUCCCUCCUGGAACGGUCCUUCCCAAAGCCAGAGGGGCUCUAGGCGGCUCAAAGAGGGGCUUCCCGGCUACCCUGGUCCCAGGCGGGACACCAGUUUCCUUCUCCAAGCCCUCCAUGCUGCAGGGCAGGCUUCCCUAAGGGCAGGCCCAGGCCUAUAGCCCGGGGCCCGCAUCCCGGGCGAGCUGCACCCUCCCGAGACCUUUCCCAUCUGUACAGUGGGGACAGGACAAGGCCCAGCAGGCCGGCUGGCGGGGGCUCCGGCGACAACGCGGGACAGCGGGCGAGUACGAUGGGACAAGGGCACAAGCCCACGUGCGCACCGGCUGGGAAGAAGGAGCCCGGCACCCCGCCCCAGGCCCCCAGCGCCGACCGGAAGUGCUGCCGUAAUCCGCGCUGAGCGCCGCGAAAACGCCGUUCCCCCUAGUGACCGGCGACGCGGGUAAGAUGGCGGCGCUGGGGGUGGCUGAGGCUGUUGCGGCCCCACACCCGGCCGAAGGGGCCGAGACGGCAGAGGCGGCGGAGCUGAGCCGCGCCCUGAGCCGCCUGCUGCCCGGGCUGGAGGCCGACAGCAAGCCGGGCCGGCGGCGCGCCUUGGAGGCCCUGCGGCGCGCGCUGGAAGAGCCGGGCCCUGCCGCCAACCCCACCGCUUUCCAGGGCCCCUGGGCGCGCCUGCUGCUGCCGCGCCUGCUGCGCUGCCUGAGCGACCCCGCCGAGGGCUGCCGCGCGCUGGCAGUGCACCUGCUGGGUCUGGGCCUGCGCCGCGCCGCGCGGCCUUGCGAUGCCCUGCCGCGCCUGCUGCCCGCGCUCGCCGCUCGCUUGGCCGGCCCCGAGCCCGCGCGCCGCCCGCCCGAGGCCUGCGAGGAGCUGCGCCUGGCCCUCGUGCAGCUGCUGGGCCUGGCGGUGGACCUGUGCGGCGCCGCGCUCGCGCCCCACCUGGACGACGCUCUGCGCGCGCUACGCUGCUGCCUGCUCGACCCCUUCGCCGCCGUGCGCCGCGAGAGCUGCAGCUGCGCCGCCGCCCUGGCGCAGGCCACGCCCGACCACUUCCACAUGCAGUCGGAAUCUCUGAUCGGGCCCCUGAUGCAGACCAUCUCCCACCAGCACUGGAAGGUCCGCGUGGCCACCAUUGAAGCCACAGGCGCAGUGAUCCAGUUUGGCAACGGGAAGUCGGUGGACGACGUGCUUUCCCAUUUUGCUCAGCGACUGUUUGAUGACGUCCCGCAGGUCCGGCGGGCGGUGGCCUCCGUGGUUGGCGGCUGGCUGCUGCGUCUGCGCGACCGCUACUCCUUCUUCCACAAGCUCAUCCCUCUGCUGCUCAGUAGCCUCAACGACGAGGUGCCCGAGGUCAGGCAGCUGGCUGCCAGCCUCUGGGAGGACGUUGGCCUGCAGUGGCAGAAGGAGAAUGAGGAGGACCUGAAGGACAAGCUGGACUUCGCCCCUCCCACCCCACCCCAUUACCCUCCAUGUGAACGUCGCCCUGUGCUGGGCUGCCGGGAGCUUGUCUUCAGGAACCUCUCCAAGAUCCUCCCUGCCCUGUGCCACGACAUCACCGACUGGGUGGUGGGGACCCGAGUGAAGUCGGCACAGCUGCUGCCGGUGCUGCUGCUGCACGCAGAGGACCACGCCACCCAGCACCUGGAGGUUGUCCUCCGGACCCUGUUCCAGGCCUGCACCGAUGAGGAGGCAGCUGUGGUCCACAGCUGUACGAGAUCCGCAGAGCUCGUCGGGACGUUUGUCAGCCCUGAGGUGUUUCUGAAGCUGAUCUUAUCGACGCUGAAGAAGACGCCUUCCGCCUCCGGCCUUCUGGUGCUGGCCUCUGCCAUGCGGGGUUGCCCCCGAGAAGCCCUCCAACCGCACCUGGCAGCCAUCACCACGGAGCUGGCACAGGCCCACAUCUGCCAGGCAUCUGAAAACGACCUCUACCUGGAGCACCUGCUGCUCUGUGUGCAGGCUCUGGUGUCUGUGUGUCGUGAGGACUGUGGCGCGGCCAGCCUACAGCUCAUGGACGUGCUGCUGACCAUAGUGGCCCUUGCAGGUGCCACCGCCCUGAGGGACAAGGCACAGGAGACGAUGGACUCCCUGGCCGUGGUGGAGGGUGUCAGCGGCUGCCAGGACCUCUACCGCAAGCACAUCGGUCCCCUCCUGGAGCGGGUGACCGCGUUGCACCUCGACUGGACCGCACACUCGCCAGAGCUCCUACAGUUCAGUGUCAUCGUCACGCAGUCAGGCCCUGCCCUAGGAGAAGCCCUGCCACACGUCGUGCCCACGCUCAGGGCCUGUCUGCAGCCCUCCCGAGACCCGCAGAUGCGCCUGAAGCUGUUCUCCAUCCUGUCCACUGUGCUGCUCAGAGCCGCGGACACCAUCAACUCCCAGGGGCAGUUUCCCAGCUACCUCGAGACGGUGACAAAGGACAUCCUGGCCCCCAAUCUGCAGUGGCAUGCGGGGAGGACAGCUGCGGCCAUCCGCGUGGCUGCCGUGUCCUGCCUCUGGGCGCUCGCCAGCAGCGAGGUCCUGUCGGCAAAGCAGAUACGGGACGUGCAGGAAACACUGAUGCCUCAGGUCCUCACCACCUUGGAGGAGGAUUCGCAGAUGACGCGACUGAUCUCGUGCCGUAUUAUCAACAUGUUCUUAAAAACCUCGGGUGGUAUGAUGGAUGCAGAGAAACUCAUCAAGAUUUAUCCUGAACUCUUAAAACGCCUAGACGACGUUUCCAACGACGUGAGGAUGGCAGCUGCCUCCACCUUGGUCACCUGGCUGCAGUGUGUGAAAGGUGCUGACGGAAAGUCCUACUAUCAGAGCAGUGUCCAGUACCUGUACCGAGAGUUGCUGGUUCACCUUGACGAUCCAGAGAGGGCCAUCCAGGAUGCGAUUUUAGAGGUCCUCAAAGAGGGCAGCGGGCUGUUCCCAGAUCUCCUGGUGAGGGAGACGGAGGCCGUCAUCCACAAGCACCGCUCGGCCACCUACUGCGAGCAGCUCCUGCAGCAUGUGCAGGCCGUGCCGGCCACGCAGUGACCACACUGGUGCAAACCACAGCACACCCUCGUCCCCACCUGAGCCGGAGUUUGUGGCCUUUAAAUCUCAUAAACAAGGCACCUCUGUGCCAGCAGCAAGACUGUGACAGCAAGAAUGUACUCCUCAGGACACCUGUCUGCUCUUCCCCUGGAAUAACAGCCUCUGAGUGGAUUCUGCAUUUUAUGUGAUUUGUUCCGUUCAUCAAGAGGUCUCCCAAACGUCUAUAGCUGAUUUGAAAUUAAAAGUAAAUCGCAGCUGCUCCUCCUGCAGCCAAAUCAGCAUCAUCUUAGUUUUUAAGCCUCACGUGCGCAGCUGGGUUCAUGAAUUAUCGGUUCCAUCCUGCUUAGAUGCCCACCAAGAAAGUUUUUACCUAUUUAACAAAAAAGAAGAAAGCCAAAGUGAUUAUAAAGAAAUGAAAUCUCUUUUUGGGUUUUGUCUCCUGAAAUUUAAUAUCUCAGUGAACAGACUAAAAGGAAUUUGGAAUCUUAACAACUUAUCAAAUUUCUUCUGUUUUAUAUACUGGGACUUUAAAGGUUAUAUAUUUGGUCACCAUAUAUUUUAAGUCGGUAAUGCUAACAAGUGUUGAAAAUGAUAUUUCAUCAGAUCUAAUUUUGGUUGCCCCUAUAGGCAGCAAGAAAGUAAACUUGUAUUUCCCUCUCGCACAUUUUACACCCAAGUGCCUAAAAGAUCUCAUUGUAAGUGGGUAUUGUUACCGUAAGCCAUUGUGUUCACACAAGGGGGAAAUGCUGUGUAUAUUUUUCAACAAAUAUUAACAUUUAUACUUUCAUGUUUGAAAAUUUAAUUAAAAAUAUUUGUUAUAAA